UUGAGCCUUAAAACCAAACUGAAAUCCACACACUGAAAAAACGAAAAACAAGAUCAAUCUUUUUUCCCUCUCUUAGUUCAAUGAUCCAAAGUUUAAACGGAUCGGGUCGGCGGAUUCUGACGUACCCGGAUGUACAUCCAUGCGACGACAUUGCUCCGAACACACUCCUCGAGUUGCUGAUCUCUCUCGCGUACGACAUUUGCUAUUACAAGACCGAGUUCUUCCCCACCAACAAUCGAAAUGCUAAGGAAGUCAUACGUCAAAUCGGAGUUAUUCUCGUUUUCCUCGAAGAAGUCCGAGAACGAGAUUCGGAUCUUCCGGAUUCGGCGGGUUUGUGUUUCUCGGAGCUCCUUUUGGCUUUCCAGAAGAUUCGGUACCUUCUGGAGGACUGUACCAGUGAAGGCUCGCGGUUAUGCAUGCUGAUGAAAUCGGAUCGGGUUGCGAAUCAAUUUCGGGUCUUAAUGCGGGCGAUCUCUACGGCUCUGGAUGUUCUACCUCUUGGUUUGAUCGACCCGAUGGAUGAGAUCAACAGCCAUGUUGAAUUGGUAAUCAGGCAAGCAAGGAAAAAGAAAUUUGAACUCGACCCGAAUGAUAAACGGGUUAAGGAAACCCUGGUAUCCGUUUGGAACGGGUUCGAGAAUGGGAUUAUCCCGGAUAAGGAUAGUAUUAAACGGGUUCUAGAUUAUCUCGGAAUCCGAAGUUGGAGUAUGUGCAACAAGGAGAUGAAAUUCUUGGAUUCGGAAAUUGGGUUGGUGACGAUGAGCUCGAGCGACGAAAAGAAUGAGUUGGGAGGGCUGUGCAGUCUAAUGGGUUUCGUUUGCUAUGCUCGAUGCGUGGUGUUCGACAUCGUCGACGGCGAAACCAGCCGGCAAUCGGAAAACAAUCCCGGCAAUUGGGUUCUGGCUAAUCUGAAUCCGGACGAUUUCCGGUGCCCAAUAUCAUUGGAAAUCAUGGUUGAUCCGGUGACGAUAGAGACCGGACAUACCUACGAUCGCUCUUCGAUUUUGAAAUGGUUCGGAACUGGAAAGUCAAUCUGUCCCAAAACAGGUACGAAGCUCACGAACCCAGAAUUGCUAGUUCCAAAUUUAGUGAUGCGGAAAUUGAUUCAGCAAUAUUGUUCGGAGAAUGGAAUUCCAUCUCCCGAAACGGGUCGUAGAAAUCGCCACGUUAAGGGGGAAAUUCUGGUUGGGUGUUUGGCAGCCGAGAAAGCUAUGAAAAUGGUUACCCAAUUUCUUUCUUGUAUUCUAGCAAAUGGAACAAAGAAAGAGAAGAACAAGGCUUCUUAUGAAAUCAGAAUCCUUGCAAAAACAAGCAAUUUUAACCGCUCUUGUUUGGUGGAAGCUGGUGUGGUUCCUAAGCUGUUGAAGCUGUUGCUUUCAACGGAUUCAUGGACCCAAGAAAACGCCAUUGCAGCUUUAUUGAAUCUUUCCAAGCAUUCGGGAAGCAAAACAGCAAUAGUGGAGAAUUGGGGUUUGGAAUAUAUUGUAGAUGUUCUAAAGCAUGGGGUCAAAAUGGAAGCUCGUCAACAUGCUGCUGGAACUCUGUUUUACCUUGCUUCGGUGGAGGAGUAUCGGAUACUGAUUGGGGAUAAUCCGGAAGUCAUUCCAGCUCUGUUGGAGCUGAUUAAGGAUGGGACUAACCGGGCAAAGAAGAACUCGUUGGUUGCCAUUUUCGGGCUACUAAUGCACCAUGGAAACCAUUGGCGGGUACUAGCAUCUGGGGUAGUGCCUUUGCUGGUUAAUCUUUUAGCAUCUUCGGAUAGAGAAGAUCUUAUUACUGAUUCUCUAGCAAUUCUAGCAACUCUGGCAGAGAAAAUUGAUGGAACAGUUGCGAUUUUGCAACACGGAGAUUUGGAUUCCAUUGUGAAGGCUCUGAAUUCUUCCACUUCAAGGGUAGGGAAGGAGUACUGUGUGUCUUUAUUGCUGGCUCUUUGUACAAAUGGUGGUAAAGAUGUGGUUGCUGUUUUAGUAAAGAACCCAACUUUAAUGGGAUAUUUAUAUUCCUUACUAACCGACGGUACAUCUCGAGCUAUCAAGAAGGCUAGUGCUCUGAUCAGGAUCCUUCAUGAAUACUGUGAAAAAAGGUCCUCUGGUUCAAUGGCUCAUGUUCUUCCACAAGAAAGAUCCAUUCACGUAUGGUAAUGAUAACCCAAGUCCUUUUGUUUUGUAGGGUGGUCUUUCAUUUUUCAUUCUUUUUUCAGGUCGUGUAAAUACACAUUGUUGUGUAGAUAUAUUUGCUUUUACCUUUCAGUUUGAUUUCUUGAUAUUAGCUCGGAUUUUAUAAGAGCAAAUAUCACUAUAUCAGCAUCUAGUUUUUGGAUGAAGCUUUUGUACAAAAAAAAAAAAAUAAAUAAAUAAAAAAAAAUAAAUAAUAAAAAAUUCUGUAUUGUCACUCUCUUAUUUCACUUUUCUUUUAAACAAGUGAAAUAAGAUCAAGUUUUCUUCUGUAACAAUAUUGUUUGUGAAUGCUUGAAUAUGAGAAUGUUUAUCCUUCCGAUUUCUAAGCGAGUUGAAUUGAGCUGCAAUGUUGAGUGCCUUUUCUAGCUUUUUUUACACUCGUUCCAUGGACGGUCUUUGUUGUUUAAGUCCUGCGCAUGACAAAGCUAGCUUGAAUACAAGGCCAAACGAUUCCAAGUUAGUUGAAUUGUGUUGAGAUGUUGAGUGCCUUUUCUAGCUUUUGUACCACUUGUUCCAUGGAUGGUCUUUGUUGUUUAAGUCCUGUACAUGACAAAGCUAGCUUGAAUACAAGGUCAAACGCUUCCAUGGAGUAUUCGCUGCUAAGUUUGGGAUCAGCAAAUUCUUCUAUAUUCCUACCGUCUGCAAGUAAUCUAGCCUGAAUGGCAACAACAUGAACAAAGAGAUGAGCAUGGAAGCUUGAAAUGUUUGUUGAAAAUGUGGAAGAUAUAAAACAUUAUUCCUCACCAUUUUAUUGAGAGGCAUUGGUCUGUUUAGAUUAAAAUUGAUAACCCGCCGCCCUGAGAGAAGUUGCAGUAGCACCAUUCCAAAACUAUAGACAUCUCCUGAAGCAUUUACAUGGUGAUUUUUUCGGUAUUCAGGAUCAACAUAACCAAAUGUUCCCCUCACUUCUGAACUUACAUAGGAUUGAUCCAAGUCCAUGACCUUAGACAACCCAAAGUCUGAAAGUUUUGCUUGAAAUUUAGCGUUGAUGAGGAUGUUUGUUGGCUGCCAAUAGGGAAAUGGCAUUAAAAUUACAGGACUGAAUGGAGAAAGAAACAAAGAAGAAUGUAAAACGGAAUAAACAGACCUUGAUAUCACGGUGAACUAUACAGCCUUCUGGAUAACUAUGCAGAAAACAGACACCCUUAGCGCUGUCAAUUGCAAUCUGAAGUCUAUGAAUCCAUGGAAGAAAUUUAUCUUUACCUGUACAACAGCUUAGUGAUUGUCUUUACACAGGAAAGAAUGGUAAUGAAAAUACUUAGAAGUGAUAAAAGGGAAAAUACCAAAUAGCCACUCUGAAAGGUUUCCAUUAUGGCAGAGCUCAUAGACUAGGAAACAUUCUUCUUUAUCCUCACAAUAGCCAAGCAAAGCAACAAGAUUUUGAUGUCUGACAUUGGAAAGACUUCUAACUUCCCUUAUGAAUGUAUCUAUGUAUCCAUCCUUGAUUAUAUGUUUGACUGCAACAUGCUGUCCAUUUGACAGUACGCCUUUAUAUACCUUCCCUGGAAAAUUUUCCGAAUCAUAUUAAAUUCCAACUUUGUGAUAAUAAUACUAAAUCAAGUGCUAUUUUUCCUUAAAA